UAGCGGUAGCGGUAGCAGCGGCAGCGGCAGUGGCAGCGGCAGCGGCGUGAUGGAGCCGGAGUUGCAGACGAACGAACUAGUGUCAGCUGAGGGCCGAAACAGGAAAGCUGUGCUGUGUCAGCGCUGUGGAUCCCGGGUGCUGCAGCCCGGGGCCGCUCUCUUCUCACGCAGACAGCUUUUCCUUCCCUCCAUGAGGAAGAAGCCAGCUCUAGCUGAUGGCAGCAACCCAGAGGGUGACUUCCUUCAAGAACACUGGCUGGUGGAUGACAUGUUCACCUUUGAGAAUGUGGGCUUCACCAAAGAUGUGGGGAACAUCAAAUUUCUGGUCUGCGCAGAUUGUGAAAUUGGACCCAUCGGCUGGCACUGCCUGGAUGACAAAAAUAGUUUCUAUGUGGCUUUGGAGAGAGUUUCUCAUGAGUGACUAAGGGACCUUCAGCAGCAAUUUACCAUGGUGGAAGCAUCUCUCCCAAAGAGUGGUCAUUCUAAUCUGAUAUAACUUUUCUGCUUUCUUCUCUAUACUAAUGUAAAGUUGUGAGUACCAACAUGUCUACUUGAACACAGAGGAUUUUACCCUAACUUGCUUCCUUGAAACCUCAAGUGCAUAUGUCUCUCAUAGUUCUCCCUGUAUCACAACACUUCCUCCUCUUUCUCUCUCUAGUUUGAGUGAUAUGGGAAGCCAAGUGCCUCCCAGGAAUUCCUCCACUGCCCUACCUGUGUGUGUCUCUUAUCUGGGUGCUACUUUUUUGUUUCUUGCUCUAAAUUGACAGUCAUUUUUAUUAUUUGUUUGACCCCUUUAUAGCUUUUGAAAUUCUCAUGUGGUUUAUUGUCUGUGGUCUAACCCCACACCUAUAAUGUAUGAGUAGAGACUUAAAUUUUUAGCAUCUUCUUUUGAUAACCACCACAAAGAAAAGGAAUUUGCCAAUUGUGUCCAAGAUUCUCCUUUGAGUAUCAGGGUGGAGAACACUUAAGGGAGGAGCCAUUGCUGACUUGUAGGUGAAAUUCACAGACUUGGCUCAUGUCUAAACAGAUGACUGAUUCCCUUCUUCAUGGGAAGAAUUGUGUCUAAAGAAAGCAUCAUCUGUACAGAGUAACUGAACUUAAUGGACAGUGGUACAGGCAAGAAUAAUUGAUGAGAUGGGACUUUAUCUUUAACAUUCACCAUCAUAACAAAUUACAGAAUGCAAAUUUCCAUUUAGUUACCUGUAUUCUUAUUCAGUUCAAGUGGGUUUAUGUUUCCUGACUGUUAGGAAAACUCUUGGCCCUUCUGGUUUGGUGCUGAUACAAGAGGGCAUUAAAUAUGAAUGAGUUGGCACACUUGUUUUAUUCUCUUCUGUGGUUUCCAUUUACUCUUAUCAUCUCCACUGAACUGGUCCAUGGUACUUUCAAAUGAUGUAUAAAGUUUAAAGCAACCUCUUAGGACAACACAGGGGGCUGAGAGUUGAGGUAGAGAGGAAGCAAAGAUUAUUCAAAGUGCAAAUGCCAUCUUGAGAACUUCAGUGCCUCACACCCCUUGAUUUGGUGCUCUGUUUCCUCUUCUCACCUCUUCCUUGCCUCUCUCCAACCCCUUAACAUAUUUAUAGAGUGGGCUUCUCUAUCAAGGUGAAAGCAUUGUACAUAAACCUUUGACCAACUUGUC